AUGCUGUGUUAUGGUCCUGUCGCAUGGUGGGAGAAGAUAGUCGUGCAGCUCAUUGUCCUGGGUGCUAUGUUUUUCUAUCUGGAUCUGAUAGAGAAGGCGCUGAACUUGCUGUUGGAGUACUUAUCUCGCAAGUUUGAACAUAGAUCUUCGAAAAUCGCAGGGAAUCUAACACUGCGCGUGCGUCCUGCAAAGUCGCGCUCGCAUGCUGCGAAAUCGAGGAGCGAUAAGGUCGUCGUCAUUGAUGAACAGGCUCGUCCGCUGCCCUAA